AUGGACUCUUCACCUUCCGCGAUGACGGAGCUUGAGCUGUCACUCGCCGAGGAGGAGGAGGAGAGCAGCGACGAGGAGGAGGAGCAGCGCGAAGAGGGCGAGCGCUACCUCACGGAGGGCGCUCUCCAUGCCCUCGUACGCCUGGACUGGGCCACACUCGCCGGCCACGUGAGCAGGGAGCCUCGCGCCGAUCGGGCCGAGGCGAGCGUGGACGGCGACGACGGGCAGGCGCGCCUCUACACGGCGCGCCAAAUGCGGCACGCCUGGGCGGUGCUCACGGCGCCGGUCCGGGCGAUGCCGGGCACGAAGGGGGCCGCGGCUGCGCCGAAGAACCCGUACCUGCCGACAUGGUACACGGUCGAGGACGACAUCCUCGUCAGUCUCAUCGACGCGCUGCUGGCGCCGCCUUGCCUGCAGCUGGAGCCGCGCCCGCCGGUCAAGUCCGCCCAGGACGUCGACUGGCAGGAGAUCGCGGACAGGCUGAACGGCCAGGUGGCUCGGCAGCUCAAGGAGUGGGGUCUCGACGGGCAGCACCCGCCGCGGUCCGCCGCGGCCGUGCGCGAGCGCGUGUGUUGCGCCUUGGACGUGACGUACCACUGGCUCGCGCACGACCGGGCCCGCGCGAACCAGUUCUCCGGACCGGUGGAAGGCAACGCGCAAGGCGCCCGGAGGAGGCAGCCGGGCUGCUUCGACAAGCCAGACGGCGGGAAACUGCGCGCGGCCGCCUUCGCGGCCGGGAAGGACAAGGAGAAGCUCAACAAAUUGGCGCGCAAGAACAAGAGGAAGCUUGACGAGAUGCGCAAGCAGGACGUGGAGAACGGCAGGAAAGACAGGGCGGAGUCGAACCUGGCGGCGGGGUGGUCGAGGAGGGGAGAGCAGGAUGCGUGGCCGGACGAGCAGCGCGAAGCCUUCAUGGCGCUCAUGGUCGCGAAGCUCAAGGCCCGCCCCCCCCCCGAGGGCCGGCCGGAGGCGCUGGCGCCAGUGUUCGAGGAUGUCGCCGCGGAGCUCAACCGGCGGUUCGGAACCAAUAGGGGUGUAUCUGGACUUCACAAUCAGUGGAACAAGGGCGCAAGGCAGCGCGCCAUCAACGAGCACGGGCUGCAGGACGUCCUCACGAUCCGCCAUCCGUGGGGGGCGGAGGAGGACGGGAUGAUCUUGGACCUGUGUGUCAACCAAAACAACACGAGCUGGAAGCACAAGCACCAGGCGUACAACGACAGGGUUCGUGCUCGGAACGCCGCGAAGCCUCCGGAGGACAAGCUGCCCACUCGGACUCGACAGGCGUUGGAGGGCCGCUACCAGUCGCUGGCGCCUGAGGGUACUAAGAGACUGGUGGACGCCCAGGCUCGCUACAGGGCGGAACGCCGGGUGCGGGAGGCUGCCAAGCUUGCUGCGGCAGGCGAGGCGGCCCAGGGGACGCCGUGA